CCUCCCAAAGUGCUGGAAUUACAGACAUGCACCACCGCACCCAGCCCAGUUUUAAUUUUUAAAUGCUAAAUGUUGAUAGAUAUAACCCACAUAAAUAAAAACUCUCUGGGUUCUCAAUUAUUUUCAAGAGUAUAAGGAGGUAAAGAGACUAAAACAUCUGAGAAUUGCUACUCUAAGAUAGCCAAAUCUAUCCUGGGAGGAAAAGGCUAAGGUUUUAAAGCAUUAGUUAUUUUCAAAUUAUACUUUUAGACAUGAAACACACUGUGUGCAUGCGCACACGCACGCGCACACAUACACACACACACACACACACGUAGGGAAAUCAGUGAGAAUCAUAGAGUCAGGACCUCUGAAAAUCCCUUCCUCCCUGAAAGCAAUAAACACUGACAAAAACUGCCAGAAUCAACGUUGUAAGAACUCUGUAAAUUAACCAAAGGCUUGCAGCAAUCAGAGUGAAUUUUAUUCAAGAAAAAUGGCUGAACUCAAUAAGAACAGUGUUUUAUAGGCAUUUUAACAUGUUCUAUUAUACCACCAUCACUCCACCACAGCCCUACAGUAGACUAGAAAGCAGCCCAUGAUCACAGUGAAAAACAGCUCCUAACAGUCACUGGAGGGACUAGAAAAGGGUUAGAGCUCCUUCAAAACCCUAUUCCCAGAGAAUUGUCAUUACUAGACCUGCCUGGUGGUUGGUUCCUUGUGUAAGGGAGGGGAAAAUCUGCUUCUCUCUACCCCUCAAGGUUAUUUGGCUGGGCUGCAAAUUAAAUCUAUCUAAAACAGAUUAACAGGAGAAAAACCAUUUUAAUUACAUGUGUAUGCACAAGAGUCCCUCAAAUCUCAAAAUAUGAGACUCAAAGAAGGGCCGGAUGAUUGAAGCUUAUACAGCAUCCUGAGCUACAGAAAGGAGGGGACAGGGUUUCUGCAAAACGAUGGAGACAAAUUAUGGGAAGGUGAGAGAAGGAAAUGUAUGGUGAGUAAAGGUUGUCUUGUUACAAAUAAAAGUCCCUCAAGCGGCCAGGCGCAGUGGCUCACACCUGUAAUCCCAGCUCUUUGGGAGGAUCCUGUCUCGAUAAAUAAAUAAAUAACCAAUACGUGAAGGAAAGUAACAUCUCAAUAGUGCCUGUCUAGAAAGCAAGGAGGGGCUCCUGAAGGAAGCUGACUUAUUCCUGAUGUGACUCUUCAGAAAGCAGAGAAAGGGAAGACAGACGAAUCGCCAAAGGCCAGACCCCUUCCCACUUUAUGGCACAUUUCCGUCCUUCCUACUCACCUCCCCUUAUUCUCACUCCUGAUUCUCCCCAUUUUCCAUAUUGUAUUUAUUAGUUUGGAGGGAUUUAAACAUCAACUCCAAUGGUUCAAUUUUUUUGUUUCUUUAUUUUGUAAACCCUUUCUCAUAAUACCUUGUGCUUAUCUCCCUCCUUCUCUCUUUCAGAAAGAGUCAAAACUUUCUGACCGGGUUGGACUUGGAGCCACUGUUUUUUGCUGCAGGAGGGAAGGAUGAAUUGGAGCACAGAUGCACAGGCACAGAAGGCCCUGAGUGGUCUCCAACCCCCAUACCGCUGUGUAAUUACGGGGAGAAUACUUCCUCAGAGUUUCUCAUUGACUUUUCGAGGCUGAAGCUCCUGAAGGGCUCACACCAGUUAUCUUGCUGCCCCAGAAAGAUCGGAGAUGGCAGUUUUCCCAAACUGCGGCUUCCCCAGAUGUCUGCUCACCCUCAUUCUCCUCCAGCUGCCCCAGCUGGAUUCAGUUCCAGUUGAUGUGACUGGACCCCCGGAGCCCGUCCUUGCUGUGGUGGGUGAGGACGCCGAGCUGCCCUGCCGCCUGUCCCCGAACGCGAGCGCCGAGUCCCUGGAGGUGCGCUGGUUCCGGAGGACGGUGUCGCCGGCCGUGCUGGUGCACAGGGACGGGCGCGAGCAGGAGGCCGAGCAGAUGCCCGAGUACCGCGGGCGCGCCGCGCUGGUCCAGGACGGCCUCACCGAGGGGCGUUUGGCCUUGCGGAUCCGCAGCAUCCGGGCCUCCGACGACGGGGAGUACACGUGCUUUUUCAGGGAGGAUGGAAGCUACCAAGAAGCCCUGGUGCGUCUGCAGGUGGCUGCUCUGGGCUCUGACCCUCACAUCACUAUGCAAGUUCAAGAGAAUGGAGAAAUUCAGCUGGAGUGCACCUCGGUGGGAUGGUACCCAGAGCCCCAGGUGCAGUGGAGAACUUCCAAGGGAGAGAAGUUUCCAUCUACAUCAGAGUCCAGGAAUCCUGAUGAAGAAGGUUUGUUCACUGUGGCUGCUUCAGUGAUCAUCAGAGACACUUCCGUGAAUAAUGUGUCCUGCUACAUCCAGAAUCUCCUUCUCGGCCAGGAGAAGGAAGUAGAGAUAUCCAUACCAGCUUCCUCCCUCCCAAGGCUGACUCCCUGGAUAGUGGCUGUGGCUGUUAUCCUGAUGAUUCUAGGACUUCUCACCAUUGGGUCCAUAUUUUUCACUUGGAGACUAUACAAGGAAAGAUCCAGAGAGAAGAAGAAUGAAUUCAGCUCUAAAGAGAAACUCUUGGAAGAACUCAAAUGGAAAAAGGCUACAUUGCAUGCAGUGGACGUGACUCUGGACCCAGACACAGCCCAUCCCCACCUCUUUAUUUAUGAGGAUUCAAAAUCUGUUCAACUGGAAGAUUCACAUCAGAAACUGCCUGAGAAACCAGAGAGAUUUGACUCCUGGCCCUGUGUGUUGGGCCGUGAGGCCUUCACAUCGGGAAGGCAUUACUGGGAGGUGGAGGUGGGAGACAGGACUGACUGGGCCAUCGGUGUGUGCAGGGAGAACGUGGUGAAGAAAGGCUUCGACCCCAUGACUCCUGAGAAUGGGUUCUGGGCUGUGGAGUUGUAUGGAAAUGGGUACUGGGCCCUCACCCCUCUUCGGACCCCUCUGCCACUGGCAGGCCGCCCCCGCCGGGUUGGGAUUUUCCUGGACUAUGAAUCAGGAGACAUCUCCUUCUACAGUAUGAAUAAUGGCUCCCAUAUCUACACUUUCGACAACACCUCUUUCUGUGGCCCGCUCCGGCCCUUCUUUUGCCUGUGGUCCUGUGGUAAAAAGCCCCUGACCAUCUGCCCAGUUGCUGAUGGGCCUGAAGGGGACACAGUCAUUGCUAAUGUCCCGAACCUUUCUAAGGAGAUCCCAUUGCCCUCCAUGGGGGAGGACUCUGCCUCCAGGGAUGCAGACACUCUCCAUUCUAAGCUCAUCCCUACCCAGCCCAGCCAAGGAGUGUCUUAAAAAAAAAUCCCAGCUCAUCUGUUUUCCUUUGCUCUAACCCCUCUCCUCCGUAGUCUUCUGAAGCUUCACCUGCCAGCUUCACCCAGCCUGCUUCUUCCUAUUGGGUGGUGAUUAAUUAAUCCUGUGAAGGUUGCCUUGCUGCUGCUAGAGAGGAUGAGGAUUGCACCUUCCUAAUCUGUUUCUGUACCAAUAUUUGGGGGAUGAAGGGGUAGGUAACUCAAAGUGCUUCUAGUGUUCUCCUCAUCCCUUAAGGCUAGAACCUAUAUUAAACUACUUGGAGCAAACUCAAAGGACAGCUUAGGGAUCCAGAUGGGGUCAGGUUAGCCUGGGGUUGUGGUUGAAAUGUCUUGGUAUCCCAGAUAAGGAUAUGUGGAAAGACAGGCUUUAGGCAAGUGGAAAACUCAAAAUGUGCAGCGGAAGGACAGUCUCAGGCUGAAGUCCCAUAAAGGACCUUGGAGGAAACUUGAUGCAGGGAAGUGAUGUACAUGAUGAACACACAGCCAUGGAGUUUUUACAGCCUAUAUCUCAAAUUUUCUAAGCCAUAUCCUAUAGGAUAGAGGAGACUGGCCCUACUUCUAUGGGUGCUAAGCUGUGGAAAAGUGGGAGCAGAGAGGAACUGAGACGAGCAGGGAUGGUCAGGCAGAAAGUGUGAUAGACGAAUUUUUGACAAAACUCAAAAGCUGUUUGCACAGCUGUCCCUUGUGUCCUUUUCCUUUCUCUGCACCCUCCUGUUGCUCCCUUGCCUGGAGGUCAUUCCACCCUCAGUUUGUUGACUCCACAAGUUUCCAGUUGCCCUCUUCUUCUUGAUAUAGAUCUCUCCAUUUCAAAAGCAUUCCUAGGAAUCAUUCUUCAGUGACACCACCACUUGAUCAGCCACCAUCUCAGCCUUAUGCCUCCUCAGCCUUCAUCCCAAUGCCCGAACCCCUUACACACACCUUCGUUUAGCUUCAACCGCCUCCAGUUCCACUCUAUGCCACCUUUCACCCCAUCUGGCUCUCCUACAUGCUGCCUCUCCUCGGGGUCCCUUAAUGCUACAUCAUUGUGCUCAGCACAGCUGGACCAAUUGCACCUCUGUAUUUGCCCCUGAGCAUGUUCCUGAAUACAUGUGGCUUGUCUUGCCAGUGGACUCUAGGCUCACACCUUCCGUUUCCAUCACAUUCUCCAGUCUCCAGGGUAGAUAUUGCUCAUGGUCUUUACCUAAUAAAUAAGUCUGUCUGAUUGCUGAAA